AUGUGGUCGGCCUCGGGUCUGGCUUGCAGGGGCGGCGUUGGCGUUGGUUCGGCGGCAGGUGCAGAGGCGGAGGCGGAGGCGGAGGCGGCGGUGGCGACGGCGGCGAGGGCGUGGGCGUGCCCUCGGGGCCCGCGGGGGCUGCGACUGCGACUGCGACUGCCGCCGCGCUGCGCACUGGCGCUGGCGCUGGCGCUGGCGCUGGCUGGCUGGUGCGUGCUGACUGGCGCGGCCGGCGUCGAAGCCGGCGGCAGCCCGCAGCCCCUGCAGGCGCACCAGCUCACGCAGCCCGCCCAGCAGCAGCAACAGCAACAGCAGCAGCCAGCACCACUCGCAACGCCGGCGGCGCUCGUCGCCACCGCGCCCGUGACACUUCAUUCUCAAGCUGUAUUCAAGAACCAAGACUUCUUUUUCAUUUCUCCAACUGUUUAAGAUGACCAGAUAAGGUGAAUUAAACUAAUGGACAAGUAAAUUUGGGAAUGUACGUAUGUAAGUAAGGAACAUUGAUGAAUAAUGGUAAAUAGUUUACUAUUUACACUUUCUCAAAUGAAGAAAAGUGUAAACAAACUUUCUAUUAUCUUUCUAUAGCGAUCAUCACAAGAAUAAGUAAAAUGCGUUUUUUAUAGAACAUUUCC